AUGAGCCCCAUCCUGCACACCGAAGUCGCCGCUCCAACGGACGUCUCGACGCUCAAAGCCAAGCUCGCCGCCACAACGCCCGCCGCGGCACCCACAUUAGCGUCGCCGACCGCACCCAUCACGCCCACCACGACCACCAGCAGCAGCAGCAGCGACGACGACGACGCCGCCUUCACGCUCCCGAUCGCUACGCACGACCGCAUCCUCCGCGAUCUGCGGACGCUCAAGGAAGGCCACUCGCACAUCCGCUUCAACUCCCGCGACUGGGUCGGCAUGACCGACGCCGAGAUCGACGCCGAGCUGCGCACCCUCGAGCACGAAAUGGACCUCCUCCCUAAAGAUCGCUGGGUGCCCGGGAACUGGUCCAGGUUCAGGUCCUACUCCCGUGCCGUCGUCCUCCCGUGGGAGAAACCGAUGCGCGUGAGGUACCUGCCCCCUUACCUGGAUGAGAAUGGAGAUGAGCAAGUGCCGUAUAACCAGGGAAUGUUCAACGCCGACUGCAACAACGUCCGCCGCUGGUACAAGCCGGUCACCGAACCCGUCCGCAACCUCAGGCUCCUCAACCGCAUGAUCCUCUCGGACGUGGCGCUCUGUGACUGGAACGAGGACGAGCUCCGUCACCCGAUCCUGGUCGGGAUCCACUUUGUCAAGACCGCGCCCACACCCGACUGGCCCGUCGGCAUCAACACGCCCAACGCACUGCACCAGGACGGGCACAAGUUCUCCGUCGUCCACAUGGUUCGCAGGCGGAACGCCAAAGGGGGAGAAAACAUCGUCGCCGCACCCCAGUACCAGGACUGUCACCCGUCCACCAUCCCGCAGGAGGAUGUCAUUGCGACGUUCACGCUGGAGGAGCCCCUGGAUAGCUUUGCCGUGUAUGACGACAAGUGCACCCACUAUGCGGGCGCCGUGCUGCAAGACGACCCGUCGCAGUCGACGGAGCGCAGCGUCUUCAUCCUGGACAUUGAGCCCAUGGUCGCCGCUGUCUGCCCCAUCUAACUUAAGCAAGACAAGACCCCGCACCCCCAUACACUCCCCUUUAGUAAACUCAAUCCAUCCCUCAUGCUAGCCUAGGUCCGUAGAUAUUAUUUGCUUAUUUGCUUCGUUGUUUGUUCUUUUUUGUUGUUUCUUUUCUCUCUGUAAUAAGAAGUUGGGCGAGAGACUGGCGAUAAACGAAGCGAGAGGCUGGAACUACAGUGAAUCUCUUCUCCUCCUCACACCGAUUCCGAAUGCAGAUAAGAGACCGUCCGUUCUACCCGAG